AUGUCCAACAGCAGCUUCCCCACUGAGUUCCUCCUCCUGCCAUUCGCAGACACACGCGAGCUGCAGCUCCUGCGCUUCACGCUCUUCCUGGGCAUCUACCUGGCUGCCCUCCUGGGCAACAGCCUCAUCCUCACAGCCAUAGCCUGUGACCACCACCUCCACACCCCCAUGUACUUCUUCCUCCUCAACCUUGCCCUCCUCGACCCGGGCUCCAUCUCCACCACUGUUCCCAAAGCCAUGGCCAACUCCCUGUCGGGCACUAUGACCAUUUCCUAUGCAGGCUGUGCUACCCAGUUCUUUUUCUUUGUUGUCUUUGUCGCAGCAGAGUUUUAUCUUCUCAUCAUCAUGGCCUAUGACCGUUACGUUGCCAUCUGCAAACCCCUGCACUAUGGGACAAUAAUGGACAGCAGAACUUGUGUCUACAUGGCAGCAGCUGCCUGGGGCAGUGGCUUUCUCAACACUGUCCUGCAUACCUCCAAUACCUUUUCCCUUCCCCUCUGCCAAGGCAAUGCCCUGGACCAGUUCUUCUGUGAACUUCCCCAGAUCCUCAAGCUCUCCUGCUCAGAUGCCUACCUCAGAGAAGCUGGGAUUCUUAUGCUUA